CAGAAGUUGCUGAAGCGAAAGACCAUGCAAACUGGACUGCCUGGUGCAGAGAUGCCACACGGCGGAUCAGUAAAACUGGUAGUUUUGUCGGUGCUCCUCAGUGUGUUUAUGUUCCAGCUGCUGAGGUCUGUAGGACUGAGGGCGUUCUCCAUGGCAUCAGGGACGUAUGUAUCCGGCACACACUCUGCCGCCUUCGUCACGUGCCCCAAUGACACCGUGGCAAAAGAGCUGGCGAGGGGGAUUGUGGAGAAGAAGCUGGCUGCUUGUGUCAAUAUUGUCCCAGCCAUCACAUCAGUGUAUGAAUGGCAGGGGAAGAUCGAGGAGGACAGCGAGGUUCUGCUGAUGAUCAAAACCAGAAGCGCCAAGGUGGCUGCUCUGGCUGAGUUUGUCAGGUCCAAUCAUCCUUACGAGGUCGCUGAGGUCAUCAGCCUGCCCAUCGAUCAGGGUAACCCGCCUUACCUGAAGUGGAUCGGAGACACAGUUCCAGAAUAAUGGCUCAACAGCGGCGGCAGUGAAGUCACUCUAUUGCUUCCAGAAAGUCACGUCACAGCGUCUCAACUUAAACACGUUUCAACCUCUCACUUAAUCUGACGCAUUCUCAAUCGGCUCUUUCUUCAACUGACUUUGUUACGUAUUUGAAAUUAAAAAAAUAAUAAAUUUUUCUCUGAAUUGUGUCAACUUGUUUUGGAAUUUUCCACCAGGGGUCACCGGCACGUCGCCCACCUUCACCUCUUUCUCAUUCUCUCCUGCCCCAUUCAUCAUAAAGCUCACUGUUUGUCUUGGUCUCUUGGUCCAACACUGGCUCUCCUCCGCAUCUCACCUCCCGAACUUCAUCUCUCCAACCUCAGUGUCUUCAUCUCCGACUCUUCUAACCUUUCUUUUCAUUUGCUUUACUGUGACAUAACAAGGGUCUUCUGGAAUUACAGUGUUAAGAUUUGACUGUUCAACGGGGAGAAACAAUAUUCUCCUAAAUUCGUUCAUUCAUUUUGGCACCGCAGUCCAAACCCCUCUCUGACACGCCACACUCCAGCACACACAUCACUCCAAAAGAAAGCAACAAAAUAUAUGAAAACAUUUAUUAUUCUGCGUUCAGACUUGGCCAGCUCUCUCCCUGUGUUGUACAACUCCAGGCGAAGGCUUCAGCUUCUAUGACACUUGAAUAUAGAAAAGAAAAUUCAUGCUUGUCUCACGUUCUCUGCAACCCUUUGAAUGA